UGGGAUGGACUACCCUAAACUUUUAGAGAUUUAUGUCCAGGCUCCUCACAGGGUCCUGUCCCCUUAGGUUUCCAGAUUUUCCCACAUUGAUUUCUAUAGGAAACUGCUGGUUAAACCCUCAAACCUCUUUGUUUUUCUUUUCUUUUUUUUUUUUUUUUUUAAUAAGGCAUAUCCUCCCAUAGUCCCAUUCUAGUCUUAAGUCAGAUUCCCAUCAACUGUCAGAAAAUAUAGAAAGGCAAAUUCAACUCUACAUUAAAAGGAGCCCAAUUCAAAUACCACUUCUGACAUUUACUAGCUGUGUAACUGGGCAAAUCACUUACUGAACUUCAGUUUCCUUAUCUGUAAAGUGAAGUGAUGGGCUCAGUGGCUAUCUGGCUCUGGAUGGAUCCAUGACCCUGUCUUUGGUUCAUUUUGUCUGAGGCCAUGGCUUUCAUUAUAGCCCCUCUUCUGGCACGUGUCAUCUCCCCCAUAUUCAGAUAUUGGUCUGGAUUACAGACAUAUUUGAAUGAUGUUACAUUUAAUUUCCCAACAUAUCUACAUAAUCAAGUUAAUAAGUCUUGAGGCAAAUUUCCUUAUUAUAAGUCAUAGCUCAGAAAUAAUGAUUAAGUCCCUGAGUCUCCCAAGUAAGUUCCCCACAAUUUAUUCAAGAUGUCCACUCCCAAAACUUUUCUUUUCGUCUUUCAUAAAUUGUCCUUUACCAGGGCUCUCCCCCUCCCUUCUCCCCUUAACCCUCACAUCAGCCCUAAUCCGCCCUUUCACACCGUUGCAGGUUCGACGGCGAAAUUCCCUUAAGGAUUGUGUGGCUGUGGCCGGCCCUCUCGGGGUCUCUCACUUCCUCAUUUUCAGCAAAACCGAGAAGAACGUGACAUUUAGGCUGAUCCGGCUUCCUGGGGGCCCCACUCUGACCUUCCGGGUCACUAAGUACUCCUUGGUGCGCGAUGUGGUCUCCUCCCUGCGGCGCCACCGGAUGCACGAGCAGCAGUUCUCACACCCCCCGCUCCUGGUGCUCAACGGCUUCGGCCCCCAUGGCCUGCACGUGAAACUCACCGCCUCCGUGUUCCAGAACAUGUUUCCCUCCAUCAACGUGCACAAGGUGAACUUGAACUGCGUGAAGCGCUGCCUUCUCCUCAGCUACGACCCCGACUCCCAGGAGCUGCAGUUCCGACACUACAGCCUGAAGGUUGUCCCUGUGGGGGCCAGUCGGGGGAUGAAGAAGCUUUUACAGGAGAAGUUCCCAAACAUGAGCCGCUUGGAGGACGUCAGCGAACUGCUCGCCACGGGCGCGGGGCUGUCGGAGAGCGAGGCGGAGCCGGACGGGGAGCACAACGUGACGGAGCUGCCUCAGGCCUACGCCGGCCGGGGCAACAUGAAGGCGGAGCAGAGCGCUGUUCGGCUUACCGAGAUUGGCCCCAGGAUAACCAUGCAGCUCAUCAAGAUCCAGGAAGGCGUUGGGGAAGGGAACGUCCUCUACCACAGCCUCGUGCACAAGUCUGAGGAGGAGCUGAAGGCCACACUGGCCACCAGAGAGCAGAAGCUCCUGCUGAAGGCUGAGCGUCGAGGCAAGCAGGAGCAGGACAUAAAGCGGAAGAAGGAGCAGCGGGAGGCGCACCGGAAACGCAGCUUGGAGGGCAUGCGCCGGCUCACGGCCCCAGGGCUCGACAAGGGCGAUGGGGACAGUGGUGCAGAAGACCCUGGGCAGUCCGAAGCAGCGGCCCAGGGGUCUGAGGAGGAAGAUGAGGCCGAGUAUUUUCGCCAGGCAGUGGGUGAAGAGCCAGAUGAGGACAUGUUCCCAAAGGUGAAACGGCGGCGACCCAACAAGUCCCCCGGACAGCCGAUCUCUAGUGACCAGAGCCCGGGGAGAGGCAAAGGUCAGCAUCCCAAGAAGAGGUUCCGAGCAGCCAAAGGCAAACAGCCCAAAGGAGCCGUAGCCCGACACUUUCCUCGGGGGCAAUUCCUGGGCAGAGCUUUAGCCUCUAAGAGGCCCCACCACAAGUCCUCAGCAGCAGCCAGAGCGUGAGACUCGCCUCAAAGAUGAACUGAGGCCCGUUUUCUCUCUUCUGGGGAGGGAAUGAAUACAUUGAAUCCUGUGGCUUCUGAGAAUGAGGGAACCCUUCCUUAGACCUUCCAUGCUACCUCAAUGUAGUCUGUAAGGUCUCCCUGGAUAUGAGGAAGAGAAGUUGAAGUCUGGUUUUCUGUCUUCCAUUGAUCGUGGGGGAGUGGAGUCACUUGACUGAACAUCAUCAUGAGACAUCACUGGCACAGAUUGUGUCCUACUUAAAGUUUUAUUGUGGGGAGAGAGGGAGCUGUUCGAGUUAGUCUCCAGGAAUGAAGCAGUUUGAGUAAGACGUACUCCAGGGUACAGUGUAGAACACCCCCACCCCACUUAACUGAAGCAAGUGGUUGCAAGUAUUUGCUAAUCUGACUGAUCCAAAGGGCAGUACACAACUAAUGGGAAGUGGGCUUUGUCUAAUGACCUUUGAAUGGGGAUUGGGAAAUCCAGAAUAGUUCCCACUUAACCUAGCUUCUUGCCUGGAAUAUGUCAGGGUUCACAAAGUGGUCUUGGCUGGCAAGGAGUUUGGAUGUACAAAUAAUAGUCAUGCUUUUACAUCCCCAAUAAAGAAGCAGUCACUGUU